UAUGCAUAAAAGAGAGGUAGAAACAGUGAUGAAGAUGGGAUCUUGGCCGAGGAAGAGACUUUCAUUGCGCCGAAAGCUUCAAACUCAAAGGAGCCUUACCAGGAGGAAAUCCGUACGCACUGCAAAAGUCAAGAAGAGUUCCACGGUCAUGGAUGCAAUGCUUCACAUCUGCCUACUGAAACUCAAGCUUGAAGCACUCCGCAAAGAGACUUUAGAUCUCAUGGCCAUCAAAGCAAAGUACUUGGAACUAAUUAAACAACCUCAUGUUGCCAAGGAAGUGAAGGUGGAGAAGAUUGAGGAAGGAUUUCGUGUAAGAGUGACAUGCGAGAAAGCAGAGGACACUUUGGUUUCCAUCUUAGAAGCGUUUGAUGAAAUGGGUCUUAAUAUUCUACAAGCUAAAGUUUCAUGCAAUAGCUACUUUGCCAUGGAAGCCAUUGCAGCUCAUGUAGCUCAAAAUCAAGAAUACAAGCUGGAUGUGACAGAUGUAACACAGGCAAUUAUGAAGGCCACCCAGAAGCAAGACUUAUGCUGCAACUGAUGAAGUGAUCAGUAACUUUAAUUAAUUAGUGCUAAUCAAUGUCAUGAUCGGAGACAUAAACUGUAGUAGUGCG